CGAGACAUCCCCUCCGCUCAUCCACCUCCGGCCGUUUUAGGGCUUCACCGGAGCGGCGACUGGGCGCACCACGUCCUGUAUGCAUCAUAGGCGCAACUGUCACCUCGCAUUCCCUCGACGCGCGGCUGCGCAGUCGUACGACGAACGUCUGCUCUCCACCUGAGGCGGCGUGCCAAGUCCACCUCACUCCCUUCGGACGGGCGCCUGGCGACCUUCGCCAUAGCCAAGACCCAGCACACGCGUCGCUUUUCGCUGUAGGAAGCGAUCGCAUCAACCACCGCAGCCAUGGCGUGGGAGCACUUGAAUAUCAACAAGCCGCACCUGGUGUACAUCAUCCUCGGCGGCUUCACCAGCCUGUUCAUGUUGACGUCCUCGGUCAUCAAGGAGCGUCUAUACAUCGGCGAGGCGACGGUAGCGACCAUCUGCGGCAUCAUCUUCGGACCCCAUGCGGCCAACCUCAUCGACCCCGGGACCUGGGGCAACACCGAUCAGAUCACGCUCGAAUUCGCGCGGAUCGUCCUGGUCGUGCAAUGUUUCGCCGUCGGAGUCGAAUUGCCAAAGGCGUACAUGGAGAAGCAUUGGAAAUCAGUCGUCCUGUUGCUCGUACCCGUCAUGACCUUUGGUUGGCUCAUCACCUCCUUAUUCAUCUGGGGCCUAUUCCACAACAACCUGAGCUGGUUGAACAGCCUGGCCAUCGCCGCUUGUGUGACCGCCACCGACCCGGUCCUGGCCUCGUCCGUGGUCGGCAAAGGCAAAUUCGCCAAGCGGGUGCCCAAGCAUCUUCGUGACCUGCUCUCCGCGGAAUCCGGAUGCAACGAUGGCAUGGCCUUCCCUUUCAUCUACCUGGCGAUAUACAUCAUCCAAUAUCAACCGGAUACCAACGAGGUCGCGCUCCAUUGGUUCUGCUUUACGGUCCUCUAUGAGUGCAUCUUUGGAGCGAUCUAUGGGGUCGCGAUAGGAUACAUCGCGCGUCGCCUGAUCCGGUACGCGCACGAGCGUGAGCUCAUCGACAGGGAAUCCUUCUUGGUGUUCUAUUUCGUUCUGGCCUUGUUCUGCGCGGGAUCCGGAUCCAUGCUCGGCCUGGACGAUCUGCUCGUGGGCUUCGCAGCCGGCGUGGGGUUCAGCAACGACGGUUGGUUCACGGAAAAGACGGAGGAGUCGCACGUUUCCAACGUCAUCGAUCUCCUCAUCAACUUGACCUUCUUCGUCUACUUUGGCACCAUCAUCCCGUGGGAGCAGUUCAACAACGGACACUACGGCAUGGACGUCUGGAAGCUGGUGGUCCUGGGAAUCCUCGUGAUCCUGUUCCGCCGCAUCCCGAUCAUGAUCUUGCUGAAGCCGGUGAUUCCAGACAUCAAGACCUGGCGUGAAGCUCUCUUCGCCGGACAUUUCGGACCGAUCGGGGUCGGAGCCAUCUUCGUGGCCAUCCUCGCUCGCGCGGAACUGGAGCACAAGGACACGACCCCUCUCGCGGAGCUGCCGCCGGAAUCUGAGCCGCAUUCGGAGACGAUCUAUCUCGUCUGGCCCAUCGUCUGCUUUUUAGUCAUCGUCUCGAUCGUCGUGCACGGCUCGUCGAUUGCGGUUUUCACCCUGGGAAAGCAUAUCAACACGCUGUCGUUGACCAUGUCCUACACCCAGGCGAACGAUGCCAACCACUGGACCGAUCGUCUGCCGCGGAUCCAGUCCCGGUCGAGGACCUCCAUGUCCUUCGCCCGAUCGGACACUUCCUUCGACGAGAAGUCGAACGUCCCGAUGGGUCAGAUGCCGUACGGUGCACCCGGGACUUUCCUGCGACGGCAGAAAGAAGACGAAAACCCGAGUCGUGUUCAAAGUCGUGCGUCGUCCCGCCAUCGCUCACGCCGCAGUCGAAAUUGGGAUAGCCAUGGACCAGGUGGACCUAUUUCGCGCUCAGCUUUCGGCCCGACACAUCGUUCGAGUAGUUUAGAUCCGCCCAGAAGUCGGGCGGGUUCUGAUACGCCAGCGACCAAAUCAGAAAAGCCGGCGAAUGAUAAGGGUACCGGAGAGCGGAACCAGGACCAAAACGGUGCCACAAGUCCUGGGGAGGUGUUUGAAGAAGGACACCACACCGUAUUUGAAGACGAAGACGGAAAGGUGCUCGCAGUGGAAGAUCAGCACAUGCCGGAUGGACCUGACCGCGAAGAGUUUGAGCGGCAGGAGGCUCGUCGAUUAAUGCGUAGCGCACAUCCCAACGCCGGUGCCGCAAAUGAGACGAGCUCCGAUGAUUCCAAACCUGGCAGCAGCCAUGAUCGGUCGCCAAAGGAUGAGAAAUCACCUGAGCCGGAGAAGGAAAAGACGGAACGUCCUGCGAAUGGCUGGAAGGCCAGUCUGAAUAAGAUCCCGACCCUGGGCCAAUGGAUGUCUCGCGACGAGGCCCGAAAGACGGCGGGGAAGCCGACGCAGAAGCCCGCCCGCGGUCCCGCCCGUGCUUAUCAAUAUGGCAAGACGAUCAUUGUGGAGGAUGAGGACGGCGAGGUCAUCAAGAAAUACGACAUCCCGACACCCGGAAGAAACGGCGGCCAAGCCGACCCCGCCAAAGCACAACAUCGGAUAGGACAGAUGAGCAAGAUGCUCGGCCUCGGGGCCAAGCCCGACGAUGCUCAACCCGGAGGCGCAUCAAAUCCAGACGCCGCUGCGAAACCCUCCGACCAAGCCCGCGAAGGGAAACCCCAACCCGGCGAGGACGACGACGAUGCGCGACUCCGGUUCACCAUCACCACCGGCGGACGCCGCAUGAGCAAAGCCGAGUUCAUCGACAAGAUCCGCAUGAUGGACCCCAAAAGCCGCGUCGAGGCCGUCGAAGACAGCAACGCCCCCGAGAGGGUCAAACGCGAAGCGCGCAAGGACUACCGCGAGCAAGUCUCCGCCUCGCACUCCCGAGACGCGAAAAACCGCUCCUCCGGAUCCGGGAAAGUGCCCCUCAGAUGA